AGAUCCUUUUGCUUAUAUGUCAUAUAUAAAUGAUUCUAAAUACUCGUAUAACUGAUAUUACAAAAUAUCAACGUUACAAGCUUUUCUUUUAUUAUCUAAGCUUAUUUAAUUGGAAUGCUUGUAAAAAGGUACCAGUUUACGUCCAGCCACAAGCAUAUGGGCGAUGACGUUGCCAGAACGCGAAAAUGCUGCCAACUUCAUACAAUAUACCACGGUCCGGCCGUUCACAUACCUCUCCUUCCCUCUCCGAUUCAAAUGCUUCUACUGCGAUGAAGAAUAUCCAGAAUUAAAUACAUUACUUCAGCACUCUGAUAACCAUAUUACUCCAGAACGAUCGGAAAUCAUGAGGACACAUUUAAAAAAAGGAAAAAGAACGCUCAAAGUUGACAUUUCCGAACUGAAGUGCCGGCUAUGCAACGUUCCAUUUUCAGAUUUGAACGACAUUCGAAUACAUUUGACAGAUGAACACGGAAAAGUAUUUUCCACCUCAGGAAACGGAAUGAUAGCGUACAGUUUAAAAACAAAAGAUGGAAUGUUCUCCUGUCACUUGUGUACGGAUAAGUUUAAUAGUUUCUUUCUUUUAAAUAAACAUAUAAAUGUUCAUUACAAUAACGCUAUCUGUGAACUAUGCGGUAAAGGUUUUGUAUCCCACAAAAGGCUGUUACUUCACAGAGAGAUACAUGGAAACGAUCAAUAUCCAUGUGAGAAAUGUAAAGUCACAUUUUCAAGCGUUACAAAACUGAAAUACCAUAGAGAAAAAGUGCACAGUCCUAAAAAAGUAAAACCGUCAAAGUGCCAACACUGUUCGGAAAGAUUUGUGCAUCAUUAUGAAAAAGUGAGACAUUUGAGCGAAGCGCACGGCAUGAAAAUCGAGUUCAAAUGCGAAUCUUGCGGCGCUAAUUAUAAAUCUCAAAAAUCUUUGGCGUUCCAUCGGAUAAAGUAUCAUACAUUGAGCAUUUCUUGUGAAAUAUGCAAAAAGCCAUUUUCUGAACGAAACCAUUUAAAUCGUCACAUGGCAAUGCAUACGGAGGAACGUAACUUUGCGUGCUCCCUGUGCACUAAAACCUACAGAUAUGAAAAGAGUUUAAAAGAUCACAUGAGAGUACACAAUCCAAAUUGGAAGUUCGCGUGUUCUGAAUGCUGGAUUGGGUUUUCUGGUAAAAUUAAAUAUAGGAAGCACAUGGCCGAAUUACAUGCCAAAUAAUACCGUUAUAAUUUUACUCCUACCUUCUAUUAACACACCGCUCGCCAUUAAUAAAGAAAUUAUAGUCAUGUGUAAAUAAAUAAAAAAACUUUGGCCUUGAGUCUAUAUAUAUCGCUUCGCGGUAUUUUCUAUUUUCAUAAUUUUUUUUAUUUGUUAACACUUUGGCAGUAAGACAACUACUAUAAAUAUUACAUUCUGUGAACUGUU